GUCGAAACGAGGGAAAGCAGAAGCUGCGGAAGCGAGUGAAGGAGAAAAGCGAGUGGCAACAUUCCAUUAGAUCUGGAAAAAAACCCUAAUUUUUUCUCUGUCCCUUCUCUCUAACGCGCUCUGUGUCCCUCACUCGCCUCUUUGCGGUUCGCUGCUUUUAUUUCGCGCGGAUUCCUCUCUCCGAAGAAUUACUUUGAGGUUCCUUUCUCUAAUCCAACCUCCUCCUCUCUCUCUUCUCAAGCUUCUGGUUUCCUUUUCUGGGUUUUCUAUUUGGUUGCUGGUAAAAUGGUGAAUGAGAAGUGGCCACCUUGCUUUGAUCGGAGUCGUAGUGUAUACCUGUUGCAUUAUGAUACUGACAUAAUGAUACACGGGGUCUCGAUUAAGUGACCGAAUUUCCCCCCUUUUCCUUCGAUUCCUUUGGAGAGGAAAAACUGAAAACUGAAAAGCUUGGCUGAGCUGCGUGUAUGAGAAUACUUGUAAAGAUGUAAUUCUGGAGGUGUCAGCUUCAGCUUUAGCUGAAAGGGGCAGGUGAUAUAACCAAGGCAUUUGCUAUAGUUCCUUGUUAAUUCAUCCCAUGGAUAUUGAUCUGAGGUUGCCUUCGGGUGGGCAUGAUAAGGAAGAUGAUGAAACAAAUGGAAUUGAUCAUAUGUUAAACGAAGACAAGCUGCAUAGUUCAGAGGCAGAGACUCUAACCAUGGUUAAUGUUUCAGAAGAUGUACAUGCUACAGAAGGCGGAAAUGUAAAUUCCCCAAUGAGAGCCAUUGAAACCAAAGAAGGAACAAAUCUUGAACCGCUUUCUGGCAUGGAAUUUGAAUCGCACAGUUCAGCAUAUGCGUUUUAUCAGGAAUAUGCCCGUUCCAUGGGGUUCAAUACUGCCAUACAGAACAGUCGUCGCUCAAAGACAUCUAGGGAAUUUAUUGAUGCAAAAUUUGCCUGUUCCAGGUAUGGAACGAAGAGAGAGUAUGAGAAGUCUUGUAACAAACCACGCUCUAGGCAGGAUAAGCAGGAACCUGAAAAUGGAACCAGCAGAAGAUCAUGCUCCAAGACCGACUGCAAAGCAAGCAUGCAUGUUAAGAGAAGGCCUGAUGGAAAGUGGGUCAUCCAUAGUUUCGUGAAGGAACACAACCAUGAUCUCUUACCUGCCCAGGCUGUGAGUGAACAGACAAGAAAUAUGUACGCUGCAAUGGCUAGGCAAUUUGCUGAAUACAAGAAUGUUGUUUGCCUCAAGAAUGACACCAAGAGCCCAUUUGACAAAUCUCGAUCUUCGGUACUAGAAGCUGGAGAUGCUAAGUUUUUGCUUGAUUUCUUCACACAAAUGCAGAGUUUAAAUUCCAACUUCUUUUAUGCGGUAGACACAGGUGAAGAUCUACGUCUGAAGAACUUGCUUUGGGUCAAUGCCAAAGGUAGGCAUGACUAUGUCAAUUUCUGUGAUGUUGUCUCCUUGGAUACCACCUACAUAAGAAACAAAUAUAAGAUGCCUCUUGUUCUCUUUGUUGGAGUGAAUCAACACUAUCAAUUCUUGCUGCUUGGAUGUGCUCUGAUAUCAGAUGAGAGCUCAGCAACAUAUUCCUGGCUUAUCCAAAACUGGCUUAGAGCAAUGGGUGGGCGGGCGCCUACUGUUAUCAUCACUGACCAGGACAAAACAUUGAACUCGAUUAUUCCGCAUGCCCUUCCUGGUGCUCGUCAUUGCUUUUCUUUGUGGAGCAUUUUUGGGAAGGUUUCUGAGAACUUGGGUGAUGUGAUUAAACAGCAUGACAACUUCAUUAAAAAAUUCGAAAAAUGUGUCUUCAGAUCAUGGACAGAGGCAGACUUCAUCAAGAGGUGGUGGAAACUCCUUGAUAGAUAUGAGCUCCAAGGGAAUGAGUGGAUGCAACCAUUAUAUGAAGAUCGUGAGAAAUGGGUGCCACUGUAUUUGAAGGGUACCAAUUUAGGUGGAAUGUCCACAGUUCAGAGAUCUGACAGCGUGAACUCGUACUUUGACAAGUUUGUGCACAAGAAGAGCACUGUGCAAGAGUUUGUGAAACAGUAUGAAGGAGUUUUAAUGGAAAGGUACGAGGAAGAAGCCAAAGCAGAAUCUGAUACAUGGAACAAGCACCCCGCUCUGAAAUCCCCUUCCCCAUUGGAGAAGAGUGUUUCAGGGUUGUACACUCUUGCUGUCUUCAAGAAGUUUCAAGUUGAAGUGUUGGGCGUAGUUGCUUGCCAUCCUAAACUGGAGAGUGAAGAUGAAACUAGCGUCAUUUUUCGAGUUCAAGAUUUGGAGAAGCAGCAAGAUUUUUCUGUCAUGUGGAACCAAUUGAGAGCAGAAGUUUCUUGUAUUUGUCGACUACAAGAAUAUAAGGGUUAUCUGUGUAGGCAUGCAUUGGUUGUUUUGCAGAUGUGUCAGCAAUCUGCUGUCCCAUCUCGUUAUAUAUUAAAACGAUGGACCAAAGAGGCAAAGAGCAGGCAUCUUAGUAUGGGUGAAGAAGAAUCUGAGCAACUACAGUCUAGGAUGCAAAGGUACAAUGACUUGUGUCAGAGAGCAAUGAAACUGAGUGAGGAAGGGUCAUUUUCACAAGAGAGUCAUAACAUCGCCCUUCGUGCUGUUGAAGAAGCUUUUGGAAAUUGCUUAAGUGUCAACAAUUCUAGCAAGAGUAUCCCGGAUGCAGUUACAUCAACUGCACAUGGUCUUCUCUGCACCGAAGAUGAUAACCAAAGUAGGAGCAUGAACAAGACUAAUAAGAAAAAGAACCCUACUAAAAAAAGAAAGGCUGGGUUGGAGCCGGAGAUAACAACAGUUGGGAUAGAAGACAGCAUGAUGGAAAAGUUGAACUCUAGAGCUGUAUCACUGGAUGGCUUUUAUGGGUCACAACAGCCUGUGCCAGGGAUGGUUCAUAACUUCAUGGAACGUUAUUAUCAGCCGAGCAUACAAGGCCAGGGACAAAUGAACUCACUACCAGCGCAAACCCAUGAUGGUUAUUUCAGCUCCCAGCAAGGCCUUCCUCAUCCUCUGGGGGUGGAUUUCCUCAACAGAACAAUUGGUUAUUCUUUCGGAAUCCGGCAGGAUGAUUCUAAUGUGAGAACAUCGCAACUACAUGAUGAUGCAUCCAGACAUGUGUAGACACAAAAAAGACAGAGAAGCUGAAUACGAAUGGCGUGAGAACAUAAGUCUGUAGAUUUCUAGACCAGAGGGUGUCCAAUGAUGGUGUUUCUGUUCAUGCCGUCUGCCAGGAUAAGAUGAUUUAGAGUUAUAACUUGUAUCUUCUGCAUAUGUAGCAGUCUCUUAUUUUGUAGUGCUACUAGGAUCCCCCCCUAGUGCGAGCUGAAUCUUUGUUUAUCUCUAAUCUUAGUUGUAAAGCUUGUUUGUAAUGUUGUAUCCUGAAUUCCUGAUUAUUAGGUUAGUGGAAAUCAUUGAGUGUGGUAAAGUAGAUGUUGUACUUGCAUUUGCCUCAAUUUUUUCUAGUAGCGUCAAAAGAGCACGAGCGAGUUCUCUCUGCGAAUUGUGUUGUAAAAUCAAAGUCUUUCUUCUAAUGCGACAUAAAUUCUCG